UAGAUUCCCCCUGCCCCCCCCCCCCCGGAGUAGAUAGCAGAGUCUUGGGAGUUGGACGUCCCUGCCCUACGGGAACUGCUCUUUCCCAGACUACUCAUGAUGUUUCAUAUUUUGUUCUGAGCUGGAACCCAUGGUUAUGAGGCAGAUCAGUAGUCACAACACCAAAGAUAAUUCUAAGCCAGCAUAUUGUUCUUACUGAGGCCUUAUGAGUCCACACACACACACACACACACACACACACACACACACACACUGUUCCCACCCUGUUGGCCUGAAGAAUGUGGAUCUUAAAGGGCUACAUCUAGAAAAUAAGUGUUAAUCUCUCUUUCAGUGGCCUCCCACCUGAUGCACUCCCCAUGUUGUUGGGCAGGCACAGGGCAGGAGGCAGCUAUUUAAGAUUCCUUGCUUGGACUCCGUGAGCUCAAGGCCAGCACCAGUACAGCUGCUGCAGGCUUAGCCAGCUCACCUUUGGACUCAUGCCCAGGGCUAUGACACCAUCUUGACCUAGUACAGUCCCCAUUCAUAAACUUUAGUAUUUCAGUUUGGGCAAGUACCAGAAAUGUGAAAGAAACAAGGCUCUGUUGGGUCCUUUAAGAUGUGGAGAGAUCCAUGAGGUAUGCAGGAAAGUCCAUUAAAAAAGAAAAGCACACUAGUUUCUCCCCCCCCCCAAAAAAAAAUUGCACAUGGACAACAGAAAGCAGCAUGCACUAGGAGUUAUGCUGCCACUGGGGGGUGGGGGUGGGCAAAGACCUUCGGGGGGGGGGGAAUGUCCUCAGGUGGGUGUGGUUUUCUCAGAGAUCCCUGACUGUUCCCCACCUCCAGAUCUUUUAUAUUGUGCAAGUUAAUUUUCCCAAAGAGUGGUUUCUUUAACUAAAAAGCAACAAAUUGAACAAAAUGGUGAGCAAAAGUAAUUCUCACAUGAGAGUAUGGCUCUCUCUGCUUGGGACAGCAUUAAUAUGGAACUUCAUAAACAUAGUAAAUUUUUCGAGACGGAGUUAACAAAACCAUGCCUGCUGCUGAAAUGUGUACACCCCCUUGCUAUUUACAAUUGGAGUUGCUUGUCUCUUAACACACACCAUUACAGAAUUGAUAGUACCAGAGGUCUUAACGCCUGGAAUGAUCCGCUAAGGUACAUACGAUGUAUAUACCAUAUGGAGAAGCAUUGUGGAGGUUUCAGGUUUCGUGAUCAAAAUGAUUUUGAGUGGCUGUUUUGAAUAUGUUAUGAAUAUAUGUCUGACACCUUAUCAACCCAGAUUCCUCCAUCUACUUCUCAAUGUGCCCUUGUGACCUUUGGGUGCUGCCUACGCAAAUGCAGCCUCACGUUAUUCUGAGGGUAGCUCUGUGAGGUCUUUGCAUACAUAAUACUUAUGACUAAUACUGCCAGAAAGCUCCACUUGUCCAUGGAUGAUUUUUUUUUUAAUAUAAAAGAAAUCUACAUCAGACAUCUAAACUUCCUGAUGUAGCAAUCUGGGGGCUGUGACUAGUUGAACAGGAACAUCAGGGAACAAAGUGCUUCAUCGGGAUCUCUAAAUACAGAGAAAUACGAGUGCUCAUGGAAAAUGUUCAUGAUGUUUGCUACUCACGUUACUUUCCAUGGGACUGAGGAAACUGCAGAGGUGUUAUCAGAACUACAUCUCAUGGUAAGAAAACAACUUGAAAAUAGUUGGAUAAAAUGGUUAUUAUACCAUCAAGUAUUGCCCCGAAAGAGCAGAAAAUAGGUUUAUUCCACUGACCACUUGCUCCACUUUUGUUUCACCCAUUGUUUGUUUUCGUGAGGCGUUAGGUUGGUUCUGAGGUCUAUACUCACCACCAGCUGGAGAUGAUGGUGGUGAUAGGAGUUUAUUUUAGGCUGCUGUGAAAGAUACAAUCUCAUAAAUGGCAGGUAGGCAGGAACUUAAUAGUACUGAGGCCUCCUGUCACAUGAAAGUUUGUAUAAGCUAACCAACCAACUGCAUUGCUUAAGGACCAAAGUAGGGCUGUUGUCAUUAUUUACUGAAUUUAUAUCCAGUCCUCCCCUCCCCAAGGAGCCCAGGGAGGCAAACAGAUGUACCACUUAAAGACAAAGCAAAAGCAUUCUAAAAGCAAUUGAAAACAUUAAUUCAUCCAAUGAUCUUAAAGCAGUAUUCUUCGGCCACCAAAUGCCCAAGCAGGUUGAUGCUGGCAGAGCCAGGUAGCUAAACCUGGACCUGCUGCCCCGUUUUAGGGAGUAAACAGGGCAGGUUGUGAGGAGCGCAAAGCCCUCACAUUCCCUGCUGCUUUCUCCAUUGCAACCUCUCUCAGCAUCCCUUUCCCCUCAGUCAGACUCUGAUGCCUGGUGUGAGCCUGGCUGCAAAAUAGAUGCCGGAGAAAAGAGACUGCAGGGCAGGUAUGCCACCUCCACAUCUAUGCCCUUUGGUUCUCUAAACUGAACCACCUCCGCUACACGAGACACUUUCUGGAUUUAAAACUUGCAAUUCCAUGCAGUGUGUACCUGGCUGUCUAGAUUCUAGAACAAUGGUGUUCCUUUGGGGGACAAGAAAGGCCAUUCUCCAUAAUUGGCCACCAGUCCACAGGUACUAUCUAGCCUGCUACAAUUACCUGACUCUACUUUGUGGUAAAAUAAAGUCAAACACGGUUGUAGAAGCAUCUGUUUUCUGUGUGGUUUCCUCCCCCCCUUUUUCUGUCACACCAACCAUUUUUCCACUUGCGUCAAAAGGAAAUUGAGCAGCUUGUGGGUUCUCGAGAUUCGGCUCUUCUCAAGAACAUGCAGUCAAACAACAAGAGUGGCACAAACUCACCGGCUGUUGGCUUAAGCUGUGCUUCAGGGAAGAAGGGCCAAGACGAUUCUGCUGCUUGGAUUUUACUUGUGUACAGAACAAGAGGACAGCCUGUUGCUUGGAAGACGCUGCAGCAAGAAAUUCAAACUACUGAAGAGCACUGAAUGCAGAGAAUCUGGUCAGGUGCGUUUAUCUUUGGACACUGUUCAUUAAAGGAAUAGGUCUGGAUUUGUGUUGGUGCAUCCCUAUGUAUUGAGUGAUGCGACCCAGUGUUCUGACUCCUAUCCAGAAACUAUUACAGCCAGGGGAACUGGGGUUGGGCUCCACCCUACCAACUGUCCUCAAGGGUCCUGUUUUGCAAGAGAGCUUCUUUCUUCUUGUCGCAUCACCAUCUUGCUGUGAUUUCUGAAGAGCCUGUGGCCAUUUGGUGCUGGGAUAGACAGGUGAGUGGUGCUCACAGUCGCAUCACUGGGAGCAGAAGGAACUGUUAUGGAGCUAGAGACCAUGAUGCUUUUGAGAAAUGGAACCAGGGGUUUGGCAGAUUUUAUGGUGAUAGUAGUAGAAGACUGGUGGGGCAAAGAGGCCACUGUAGGUGAAUAAAUGCUUUGCUGAAGUGCGCUUCAUUGUAGGAUUAAGAUAAAUAGGAGAAUAGUGAAAGAGGAGCCUUGAAUGUCCCUGGUACCAAGGUGGAAACCACAGAGGUGUGAAGAGUAACCAUGAGGCUUAGUCUACUAACAAAAAAACAGCACUAUAGGUUAACUUUAGGAAAGCCUUUUUUAAUUGUUGGGGCAGAUAGCUAUGUUACUGGCCACCAGGGCUGAGAUCCAGAACUGAUCUUUGUUGCCUGGUCAUACUGAGUACAGACUUAAACUCUACUCAAAGAUUCUUUUAUCAAUAGGUAAUCUGUUUAGCUUCAAAGCUGUGGGUGAGACAUAAGUUUCAAAGAUAGUGGAGCCAUCACUUCCAAACACGAUUAGCCAGUGUAUAUUGUAACCAGGUUAGAAAUGGAUGGUAUCUUAACACUGCCAUCCUAGGCAUUUGCUCUCAGCAGUACAGUCCAAACUGAUUUGCAAAGUACUUGGGAGUACAUCAAACUUAUGGCUAAGGCUAUAAGUUCCAUCUUUUCAAAUGAGUGUGACAUGUCCUAACUUGGCUGUGUUUUGUACUGCAGAGAUUCCUCAUUUGUUCACCUCUACUGUAGGAUAGUCUUCACUGAAGAGUGUUAAUCACCCCCUACUGGGCAACUCAAGGCUGGAUUAAAGUGGUUGGGGGUUCCUACACCAGUUUCCCAAAUAUGGCCCCUCUUAUACAAAAAAUGAAUGCAUGAAGUAAGGAAAUACAUAGAAUCAUAGAAUUGUGUAGAGUUGGAAGGGAUUCCAAAGGUCACCUAGUCGAGUGUCAUGCCCUACUGACUGAGCUAUCAGAUACCUCGGAUAAAGACUAAGCAAUUUAUUGUUGCAUAAGCUUUCAUGGACUACAAAAACAACACGACAACACUCUGAGCAAGUGUAGUUUCAUUUUUAAACUCGCUUCUCAUGGUUUUUGCUCACUUUUGCCCACCAACUUCACAUGGCUAAAGAUACAAAAGAAGGCAAGGGAGGGCUCAGUGCUAGCAUUCUAGACAUCCAAUUUUGUUUCCUUUAACCAGGAUGGUGUACCUUUGUACUAUAAAGAUCCAUAUUUUUCUUGGUACUGCAGUCUUGCAGAGUAGUACAACUCCAAGGCUUCAGUCCUUCUUAAUCUAGCCUGACUAUAAUGCUUUACAGAGGCAUCACUCCUACUUGUUUUCACAGGCCAGGCCAGCUUAUGUCCUCAUGACCCCUCUGAUUUUGAGUCUAUUUCCAGGGUUAACUAAUUCUUGCUUGGGCUAUUAAUGCUAACUUGCCUUGCGGACUCAAAUCAAUAACCAAACCAAUGAUGAAGCCAGUAACAUCUUAAAGAGGCAGCAAAUGGCUUUGCGGCUUCUUGCCUCUUUCCCUAACACAGUGCAAGGACACUUCAAACACUUGGCAGAUAACUGAGUUCAGAGCAAAUGAUGGAUAAUGGCUGAUAGAAGAGGUGCUGAGCACAAGGUCCUUUGGAGCAUGUGACUGAGUGGAGCCAAGGACAGAGGACUCCAAGCUGGGAACCUAGAUCAGCAUUUAGUUUUAGCAUGUAGAAAAAGCUCUUAUAUCAUUGGUGAGCAACUGAAUGGAAGCUCAAUGGGAGGCUGGAUGCAACCUUGAAGUUGAUGCUGAUGACCCUCUGUUUUCUCUCUUGUUAAAAGGUCUCUCUCAAUACUGUGAUUUCAGACCACUAUUACUUAAAUCUACCAGCUGACGGCAGACUGUGAUGGGAAGUUUGCCCAGCAGAAGGAAGCAGAUUGCUACUCAGCCAAGCCCACAGUCCAACGUGCAGAACAGCCAGGCCCUUGGCCUCAGCCGUGGUGUCAGGCCACAAGGUGAGAGUACCCCUAUAGCUGUUGCUGUGUGUAAUUUCCCUUCUGGACAUGCAGAGCCAAUACUGUGGAUGGGAGAGCAGCUGAAUUUGCUAUCUGAAGAUGGUGAAUGGUGGAAAGUGGAGUCAGUAACCACGGGCAAAGGCUGCUAUGUUCCCAGCAACCAUGUUGCCAAAAUCUCUCACGGGUGGCUCUAUGAGGGCAUCAGCCGAUCGAAGGCUGAGGAGCUGUUGCUGCUGCCUUCCAACAGCGAAGGUUAUUUUCUGGUCAGAGAGAGCCAAAUGAAGAAAGGUAUUGAGUCUCUCCAGAAAUCUUCUGACUCACUGGAUUCUAGGGAACAAAGUUGCUACUCUUUGUCUAUCAGACACACAAAUCAUGCUUCCUGGGAUUGCGUGAAACACUAUCGCAUUAACUGCAUGGAAAACGGCUGGCUUUACAUCUCCCCUCGCCUCACCUUCUCGAGCUUGCAGGAGCUGGUGGAGUACUAUUCUGAAGUUGGAGAUGGCUUAUGUUGCUGCUUGAAGGAGCCGUGCUUCAUCCAAGGCUGUACAUUGUGGCAGAAGUCUAAUCUUUCCCAACCAAUGGUAGUAAAGAAGCCAGCUCUCAACUGGGAGGAGAUCAGCAGCUCAGACUUGUUGGCAGAAAAUCCGUUAGCAGAAGACUCGCCAAUUAGCUUGGGCCUGAGGGAAGCUGUCACUUCCUACCUGUUAAUGACUGAAGAGCUGUCAUCAGAGGACACAAUCAGUGAAAAGUGAGAAAGAAGCAAAUAAGGCUACUGUUGGGAAGCAUUUCUGGAAUGUGGAAGCCAGGACUUCAGUACUGACCUCUUUCUACAGUUUUUCAUGCUCUCUCACAUUAAUUUAUCUACUUAAUAAUUAUAUUCUGCUGGUCUUCCAUCAUGUGGAUCCCUUGCAACUACUGACCAAACCCAGACCUGCUCAGCUUCAGCAAGAUGGCAGCCUCAUGUAGUUACACACGGGCUUGAUGGGCUUCAUUUACGAGGACUAUAUAUAUAUGUAUGUAUUUAUAAUAAUAUUUUUAAAUAAUAAAGCUUGGCUGUGUAUUUAUGACUACUCCUAUAAA